GAGUCAUCAAUUAUGCAGGGUAGCCGCACGCACUGGGAAGGAAGAUAGCAGCAACAAUAUGGCGACAGCCGCAGUUUCUCCCGAAUCUUUUCGACAUCUGCAGUUCAGUGACUAUACGCUGGAUAUCUGUUAAUGCGGAAAAAGUCCGGAUGUCCGGGAUGGAACACAAAUAAAGAAAACGUAGCUGCAGGAUGAAAACAUGGCUGCGCCCCUUAUUGCACCCCCAGGACCUGACAGCUUCAAGAAGUUCAAGCCGGAAUCCCUCGCUAACAUCGAGAAGCGCAUCAACGAGGCGAAGAACAAGAAGCCCAAGCCCAAGUCGGACAGCAGUCACCGCGACGAUGAUGAGGACAACAAACCUAAGCCCAACAGUGACCUGGAGGCUGGGAAGAGCGUGCCCUUCAUUUAUGGGGACGUUCCCAAAGGAAUGUUGGCGAUACCACUGGAAGAUUUGGACCCCUACUAUUUGAAUGAGAAAACAUUUAUAGUCCUAAACAAAGGGAAAACAAUCUUCCGCUUUAGUGCCACGCCCUCCUUAUACAUCAUAAGCCCCUUUAAUCUAUUUAGGCGAAUAGCAAUUAAGAUUUUGAUACAUUCUUUAUUCAGUAUGAUCAUUAUGUGCACCAUUUUGACCAACUGUAUAUUCAUGACUUUUAGCGAUCCACCAGAAUGGUCCAAACAAGUAGAGUAUACCUUCACGGGUAUUUACACUUUCGAGUCACUUACGAAGAUUGUUGCCAGGGGCUUCUGUAUAGACGGAUUCACCUUUCUAAGAGAUCCAUGGAACUGGUUGGACUUCAUGGUCAUCUCGAUGGCAUAUAUAACAGAGUUUGUGGACCUUGGGAAUGUCUCGGCGCUAAGAACGUUCAGGGUUCUCCGAGCAUUGAAAACUAUUUCUGUCAUUCCAGGUCUGAAGACCAUCGUCGGAGCUCUUGUCCAGUCGGUGAAAAAACUGUCCGAUGUGAUGAUCCUAACCGUAUUCUGCCUCGGUGUCUUCGCUUUGAUUGGACUUCAGCUUUUCAUGGGAAACUUGCGGCACAAGUGUGUCGUUUGGCCAAUAAACAACACUGAGACCACGUUGGCCAAUGGCAGCAUAGGAUUUGACUGGAACGAAUACAUUAUGAAUGACACCAAUUUUUACUUCAUACCUGGUCAGAUAGAUGCCCUUCUCUGUGGAAAUAGCUCAGACUCAGGGCGGUGUCCAGAAGGCUUCACGUGUAUGAAGGCAGGAAGAAACCCAAACUAUGGCUACACCAGCUUUGACAGCUUCGGAUGGGCCUUUCUCACACUCUUCCGUCUCAUGACCCAGGACUUCUGGGAGAACCUCUACAUGCUGACAUUGAGGGCGGCAGGAAAGACGUACAUGAUCUUCUUCGUGCUGGUGAUCUUCGUGGGUUCUUUCUACCUGGUGAACCUGAUCCUGGCUGUGGUGGCCAUGGCGUACGAGGAGCAGAACCAGGCCACCAUGGAGGAGGCUGAGCAGAAGGAGGCCGAGUUCAAGGCCAUGCUUGAGCAGCUUAAAAAACAGCAGGAAGAUGCACAGGCUGCUGCCAUGGCGACCUCGGCUGGCACGGUGUCGGAGGACCCCGUGGGGGAAGAUGGCGAGGUUCACCUGUCCCGUAGCUCCUCAGAAGUCUCCAAGCUGAGCUCCAAAAGCGCCAAGGAGCGUCGCAACCGCAAGAAGAAGUGGCGUCAGAAGGAGCAGGAGAAGGAAAAGGGUGACAGCGAGAAGGUGGUCAAGUCUGAGUCUGAUGACGGCAGCAAGAGGAGCACCUUCCGUUUCCCAGGCAACCGGCUGGGGAGAAAGACGUCCAUAAACCAGUCUCUCCUCAGCAUCCCAGGCUCGCCCUUCAUGUCACGCCACAACAGCCGCAGCAGCAUCUUCAGCUUCAAGGGCCGCUCCAAGGACGUGGGCUCGGAGAACGAGUUUGCCGACGACGAGCACAGCACGGUGGAGGAGAGCGAGGACCGCCGUGGCUCCCUAUUCAUCCCCUACCGGCGCAACAGCUACAGCGGCAACAGCCAGGGCUCGUCACGCAUCAACCCACUGGUGCCCCACUCUGGAGGGAAGAGGAACAGCACGGUGGACUGCAACGGCGUGGUGUCGCUCAUCGGCCCAGGGCCCGGCGGACGGCUUCUGCCUGAGGUGAAAAUAGAUAAGGCAGCCACUGACGACAGUACCACAGAGGUGGAGGUAAAGAAGAAGCACUCAGGCUCUCUGAUGGUGUCUGUGGACCAGCUCAACUCCUCCUUCAAGGGGAAGGACCGGGCCAACAGUGUUAUGAGCGUGGUCACCAACACUCUGGUGGAGGAGUUGGAGGAGUCUCAGAGGAAGUGCCCUCCAUGCUGGUACAAAUUUGCUAACAUAUUCCUCAUCUGGGAGUGCUUCCCCUUUUGGCUGAAGAUCAAGCACGUUGUCAACCUUAUCGUCAUGGACCCCUUUGUUGACUUGGGCAUCACUAUCUGCAUCGUCCUCAACACUUUGUUCAUGGCCAUGGAGCACUAUCCCAUGACCCCCCACUUUGAGGAAGUGCUGUCUGUGGGCAAUCUGGUAUUCACUGGUAUCUUCGCUGGUGAGAUGUUUGCAAAGCUAGUUGCAAUGGACCCCUACUACUACUUCCAGGAAGGCUGGAACUGCUUUGACGGCUUCAUUGUGACCCUGAGUUUAGUCGAGCUGGGAUUGGCUGACGUAGAGGGACUGUCUGUGCUCAGGUCAUUCCGAUUGUUACGAGUGUUCAAACUGGCCAAAUCAUGGCCCACCCUCAACAUGCUUAUCAAGAUCAUUGGCAACUCUGUGGGUGCCCUGGGGAACCUGACCCUGGUGCUGGCCAUCAUUGUCUUCAUCUUCGCUGUGGUCGGCAUGCAGCUCUUUGGCAAAAGCUACAAAGACUGUGUGUGUAAGAUCAACCUGGAGUGCGAGCUACCACGCUGGCACAUGAACGACUUCUUUCACUCUUUUCUCAUUGUGUUUCGUGUAUUAUGCGGUGAAUGGAUCGAGACCAUGUGGGACUGCAUGGAGGUGGCUGGACAGACCAUGUGUCUAAUCGUCUUCCUGAUGGUUAUGGUGAUAGGGAACUUGGUGGUGUUGAACCUGUUCCUUGCUUUGCUACUGAGCUCUUUCAGUGCCGACAAUCUUGCGGCAACAGAUGACGACGGCGAAAUGAACAACCUCCAGAUCGCCGUCAUCCGCAUUAAGGCGGGAAUCGCCUGGUUUAAGAUACACUUUGCCGUUUUUGUAGCCACUGUGCUCAAAAAGCCCAUCGAGGACGAACAAAAGCCCUUAGACGACAUGUACGAUAAAAAAUUAAACUGCAUCGCCAACCACACUGGCGUGGACGGCAACCGCGAACUGGACUACGCCAAGAACGGUAAUGGCACUACCAGCGGCAUCGGUAGCAGCGUGGGCAAGUACAUGAUCGACGAGGACCACAUGUCCUUCAUCCACAACCCCAACCUGACAGUGUGCGUCCCCAUCGCCGUGGGCGAAUCUGACUUUGAGAACCUGAACACGGAGGAUUUCAGCAGUGAGUCGGAUGUGGAAAACAGCAAAGACCUGGAUGACACCAGCUCGUCCGAGGGCAGCACCAUAGACAUCAAGCCUGAUGUGGAGGAGGUAGCGGUGGUGGAGGUGGUGGAAGAGUACCUGGAUCCUGACGCCUGCUGGACAGAUGAAUGCGUGGCUAAAUAUAAGUGCUGUGAUGUGCCUAUCACACACGGCUGGGGGAAGCAUUGGUGGUUCCUGAGGAAGACUUGCUAUCUGAUUGUGGAACACAACUGGUUUGAGACUCUCAUCAUCUUCAUGAUCCUGCUUAGUAGUGGCGCUUUGGCCUUUGAGGAUGUGUACAUAGAGCAGAGGAAAACCAUCAAAAUAAUCCUGGAGUAUGCCGACAGAGUAUUCACCUAUAUCUUUAUCCUGGAGAUGUUGCUAAAAUGGGUGGCGUACGGCUUCGUAAAGUACUUCACCAACGCCUGGUGCUGGCUGGACUUCUUCAUUGUGGAUGUAUCUAUAGUCAGCCUUAUAGCUAAUGCAUUGGGCUACUCCGAUCUAGGGCCCAUUAAAUCACUCAGGACACUGAGGGCCUUGAGACCCCUCAGGGCUUUGUCCCGUUUUGAGGGCAUGAGGGUGGUGGUGAAUGCCCUGGUAGGAGCCAUCCCCUCCAUCAUGAACGUACUGCUAGUGUGUCUCAUCUUCUGGCUCAUCUUCAGCAUCAUGGGCGUCAACCUUUUUGCCGGCAAAUAUUAUUAUUGCUAUAAUGAAACGGAGGAGGCGAUGUUCCUCCCGGAUGUGGUCAACAACAAGACCCAAUGCUUUGCGCUUAUUAAUGCUAAUUACACGGAUGUCAGAUGGAAGAAUGUCAAAAUUAACUUUGACAAUGUGGGCGCUGGAUAUUUAGCCCUCCUGCAAGUGGCCACAUUUAAGGGCUGGAUGGACAUUAUGUAUGCAGCAAUAGAUUCUAGAAAGGUGGAGGACCAGCCAAUAUAUGAGGACAACAUCUACAUGUACAUCUACUUUGUUAUCUUCAUCAUUUUUGGCUCUUUCUUCACCCUCAACCUCUUCAUUGGUGUUAUCAUUGACAACUUCAACCAGCAAAAAAAGAAGUUUGGAGGUCAGGAUAUCUUCAUGACAGAGGAACAAAAAAAAUAUUAUAAUGCUAUGAAAAAGCUUGGCUCGAAGAAACCACAGAAACCCAUCCCAAGACCACUGAACAAAGUCCAGGGGAUGAUAUUUGAUUUUGUAACACAGCAAGUUUUUGACAUCUCCAUUAUGAUGCUCAUCUGCCUGAACAUGGUCACCAUGAUGGUGGAGACGGACGACCAGACGGAGGAGACAGAGAACAUCCUCUACUGGGUCAAUUUUGUUUUCAUUGUAGCCUUCACCACAGAGUUUGUGCUCAAGCUCUUUGCUCUACGCCACUACUACUUUACUAUAGGAUGGAACAUCUUCGAUGUUGUCGUGGUAAUCCUCUCUAUCGUCGGGAUGUUCCUGGCUGACAUCAUUGAGAAGUACUUUGUUUCGCCAACCCUGUUCAGGGUGAUCCGCCUGGCCCGUAUUGGCCGUAUCCUGCGUCUCAUUAAGGGUGCCAAGGGCAUUAGAACUCUCCUGUUUGCCCUCAUGAUGUCACUUCCUGCCCUCUUCAACAUUGGGCUGUUGCUCUUCCUGGUCAUGUUCAUUUUCUCUAUCUUCGGCAUGUCUAACUUUGGCUACGUCAAGCAUGGGGCUGGGAUCGACGACAUGUACAAUUUUGAAACAUUCGGCAAUAGCAUGAUCUGCCUGUUUAUGAUAACCACGUCUGCUGGCUGGGAUGGCCUGCUGCUCCCCAUCCUCAACUACCCCCCGGACUGCAACCCCGCACUGGAGAACCCAGGAACCCCGAACACGGGCGACUGUGGAAACCCUUCGGUGGGAAUCUUCUUCUUUGUCAUGUACAUCAUCAUCUCCUUCCUCAUCGUGGUCAACAUGUACAUCGCCAUCAUCCUGGAGAACUUCAGUGUGGCCACUGAGGAGAGCGCAGACCCGCUAAGCGAGGACGACUUUGAGACCUUCUACGAAAUCUGGGAGAAAUUUGACCCUGAUGCUUCCCAGUUCAUCAACUUCGCCAAGCUGUCCGACUUUGCAGACACACUGGAGCACCCACUGCGCUUGCCCAAGCCCAACACUAUAGAACUGAUUGCCAUGGACAUGCCCAUGGUGAGUGGCGACCGAAUCCACUGCCUGGACAUCCUGUUUGCCUUCACCAAGCGUGUGUUGGGCGACAGCGGCGAACUUGACAUGCUGAGGCAGCAGAUGGAGGAGCGCUUUGUAGCGGCCAACCCGUCCAAGGUGUCCUAUGAGCCAAUCACCACCACCCUGAGGCGUAAACAGGAAGACGUGUCUGCCAAGAUCAUUCAGCGAGCGUACCGUUCCUACCUGGCCAGACGGGGCUUCAAAUGCAAGCGCAAACCAACCAAUAACAAAGUGGAAAAUGGCGAAACGAAUCAGGAAAAGAAGGAAGGCACGCCCUCCACCGCCUCCCUCCCCUCUUAUGACAGUGUAACAAAACCUGACAAGGAGAAGCAGGAUGACAACGAGGGCAAGGGAGGGAGGAAAGAGAAGGGAAGAAACCAAAAAGAUGUCAGGGAAUCGAAGUGUUAGAUUAUUGGAAUAAAUAAUAACAGUAAUAACAGUAAUAAUUAUUAAAAUGUAACUUCAAGCAAAGCGAGAGGAAACCAUCUAACCCCACACAGAUGUACAGAUAAUUUCAUUUGCAAGUAAGAAAAUAAUACUAUUAAAUACUUUUGUUUACAGACUUCAUACUUGUAUCGAUGCAGAGAGAAGCAGCUCCAACUCUUUCAGCUUGAAGACACUUGAACUUGAUUUAAACCAAACAUAAUCAGCGUACUGUGUGACAUUGAUGCAUCUAGACUACUGAUCUUAACUAAAAGGGAAUGAUUUACAGACAAAAUAUUAAGGAAAUGUCUGUGUCUGCCGGAAGGGCAGAUAGUCCACUUACUGCUGGGAUAUUUGGAUUAGGAACAGAACUCUACAUUUAGAGGCUUGGAUGUGAAACACUGAGGGGAUCCAUGGUGUCGAUGCAAACAAUGGAUUCCCAUGGAAACCAGUGACGUGAGUGAGGAGAGUAAGGCAAUGCUGCUGGAUGCUGAAGAAGCAGUCUGAAGGCUGGUUCUGUGUCAUUCACUUUUGGAAUGAAUGGAAGAAACAAAACAAACAUUAUCACUCUGUGAACAAACAGAAGAAUGGACAAAGGAAAGACAAAAAAACCCAGGACAAUUGAAUGACCAAAACUCUGGCCUGCCCAGGAUCUCUAUGUAUUGGGUACAGGCGUACGAUGCAUGGUGUUGUACUGGCUGCUUGCUGAGGAUCGUGUAGCCUGCAUUGGUGAGAGGAUUGCACUACCAGCACACCCUUUUGUACAUGUGUGAUGAUGUCUUGCCCACAAUUCCCGUCACCUCUUAGUUAAUACCCGUCUAGAAAUCUGCAUUGACACAAACCCAUAGAUGAACACAAAUUAAAUAUCUCUACACACACACACGCACACACUCCAUCCUCGACAAGACGAUCGGUAUGCCCCAGUAUUCUGAGCCUCAGGUCCCCAUGUGUGACAGCUUUUUGAUUGUUUAAGCUCUGACCCCCCCCCCCCCCACCCCACCCCACCCCACCCCACCCCUUUCACACACCAAUGUAAUUUGGCAUAAACGUUAUUUUCCUGUUAUUCUCCCAACAAUGUAUGUAAUGAUUUAAGGGUGAGUUGUAUUUAUUGUCUGUGUUUGUUUCUGGUGCAAUAUCUCUAACGGCACGUGCCUUUUUAGAUGCCUAUUUAGUCUGUCAAUAAAACCAGUGAGAGAAUAUCGAUCCAAACCCAUGGGAACAAAUCAAAAUGGAGUUAGGCAAAAACCAUGGACAGCCAACAAUGGGAAAAUAAUAACUAAACUGGGGAAAGUCAGCACCUAGACUUGGUUGACUGAACUACCAUCUCAUUUAGUCAUGUAGUGGUCUGUGUGUAUUCUAUAUCCGAGACAUUUGGUUGGUGAGAGAACAGCUUGCCUUCUGUUUUACUAUUCUGUUCCUCAUUUCAGAUGUUGAUUUACCUAAUGGGUUAUGUAGCUGUUAUUUUGUAGCAUGACUGAGAUAUUGAUUUAAUCAUUUUAUUUGCGGACAAUAAUUAUAAAAGCUUUUUGACUGUUGUCAUUGUUAUCUCUUGCCACUAAUCCAGUCAGAGAGAGGGCGGCGUGUUGCACAACCACAUGGGACAUUAAAGUGAGAAUCAGUGAAAGAUUGUCUUCAUUUGAGCACGAAUCUAUUUCCAAACAAUAAAGCAGC